AUGGAGUCUCCUAUGAUGCCCCAAGACUUGCCUGCUGCAAUUCCGGCUGCGUCUCCUCUUGGAACAUCUCCCAGCUCCGUCUCCUAUGGGCAGAUUCACUUUGGUGGCUGUCACUUUGGCCAUUUUAGUCAGCACAAUGGAAUGCCCCUUCUCUCCGAAGAAGGUAAGCAGUGGAUCGCUUCCAAGACGGGUGAGGAAGUUCUAUUCGAACCGGUGCCUCAACCAACCCAUAUGACACCCCCAACAUUGCCAGCAGAGUAUUUCAGAGACUCAAAGGACCUGUGGGCCCUUCCUGAUAGGGCUGUUGUUGAAACUGUAUUCGAUGUAUUCGCCAAUUCCUCCUUCAGCUUGGUAUUUCCAGUUGUCGAUCGUGUGCUCUUCCAAAGCGUCAUUGACUUGGCCUAUUCCAGCCUGCCUGUCGAGGUUUCUCCAUUGGAGCAUAUGAGCUGUAAAGCUUGCGUUCUGGCUUUUUUGUCUAUCAUUCCUCUCUUCAAAGCUUCUUUGCUCGGUUUACCGGCAGUGGAUACUGAUUUAUGCGCCGCCAAGGCUCGGUAUAUCCUGACUGAUGUUCUGGAGGAAGCAAGUCUUACCACACUUCAAGUUGCUUUCAUGCUGAACAUGCAUGAGAUCUUCCUAGGAAGACUUCGUUCGGCUUCGAUGUUUCACGCCAUUGCUUGCCGAACCGUCUUUGCGCUUGGAGGUCAGAAUUAUAUCGCGCCAAAGCCUCAUGAGGGCCCUCUUACUCACUCUGAGCGGGGGCGACGCCAGAUCAGACUCCUAUUCUGGCUUACUUAUAUCUUUGAUAAGGACAUUGCUCUACGGACGGGACAGCCUCCUUUGAUGUCUGACGAUUACUGUGAUCUCACCCUACCGGAGAACUAUCUGAAUUGCUACGAAUAUCUUCCCGGCCUAUCCCACAGUCUUUCUCCCGAACUCUCUGGUGACAACGGUCUGACACCUCAUCUCCCAGGUGACCCCCGUCUCAGCCACAUCAAAGAGAAGACUAGCCGCCUGCUUUACUCAGCGCAAGCCGCCAAGAAAACACCUGCUCAACUUCUCUUUGACAUCCGCGACCUUGACCAUGAGCUAGAGAAUUGGAGACUUUCUAUACCCUCAACAUUUCGACCACAACUCUCUAUAUCCAACGAGUCCCAAGUGACUGUUGAAGGGAUGCAACUUCCGCGCAGUAUGCGGGCUAUUACCCUUCACCUCGAGUACCACCAUCUUAUGACUACUAUACAUCGUGCCAGUGGGAGGUGCAUGCAGCGCCCUGAGGCCGACGGCCCAAUGGAUGAAGCGGGUUGGGCAUCGACUGUUGAAUCAGGCGUUGAAUCAAGCAUCGCACUUGCGCUGGAGGCCAGUCGUUCAACACUUGUGUACUUGAAAGCAGCCUUGAAUGGUCUCGCUGGUGAAGCUUUCUGGAUCGUUGUAUUCUACCCUACCGCCGCCAUGAUCACUAUCUUCUUCAAUAUUCUUAUGCAUCCUCUCCAUGGAAGAGCCGUGGCAGAUCUUGAGCUUCUUAGAUCAGCUGCCAACUUGAUUUGCGAACUCCCAAUAUCCCGUCUAACAUCACGAGAGGUAGCUCACACGAAGCUUGUUAACGAGUUCGCUACGGAACUUGUCCGUCUGGCGAAGAGUGCAAUUGCAAGAGCCAAGUAA